CAGCAGUAGUAACCUCAUGCGGACCAGAGGAACGUAGACUCUCGCUUCAAUACUACCGAGUGAAAGAACAUCAUGUUCUCAUUGGCGUAUGCAUCUCUACUGGUUUCUGCUUCUGUGCUACUGGUGCAAGGGGGUGUGAUCUCCACAACCAUUUGCGAGUUGCAAGGUAAAACAUACCGUGACCAAGAGAGAUUCCAGCCCGAGCCAUGUAUGUCCUGUAUAUGUGACAAUGGAAUCAGCAAGUGUGUUACGGCCCCCUGCGCCCCGGUGAAAGGCUGUCCCUUUCCAGAGGUCGUCCCUAAAGGCAAAUGCUGCCCUGUCUGCCCAUGGUUUGUACAUUCACAGAUGGAAUCCUUUCCAAAUGUUCCUAAAGCCCUCAACUCCGGACGAAGGGGUUGGGAGUGACCCUACAAGAUGGAUGGAACUAUAAUGAGUGCAGCCAUCUUGUGUUUCUACAUCAUGCAUUGCAUUUGAAUUCAUUACAAAUUCCAUGAAGUAUGUUGAAUAAACGAAUCUGACUAGA